UUCUGUGAUUCACCCGAAGACCCCUUCCUUCUUUUUUCAGGAAUCGGGUUUCAAAGUCAAUCAUGUAUUUCUGUUGACAAAUAAAAGUCCCUGGCAUUGGGUUUUUGUGCUUUAACUUCUCACGAACCCGGAGUCGUUGAGACCUGAGAGAUGCUGAGUAAUUACUUUACAGAGAUUGAGAGAAUCCGUGGAAUCGGAAAGGACUGGAAUCUCACAGACGAAGAAAUUGACAGGAUCAUAGAUGAGUCGUUCAGGUUCCUCGAAGCAGAUGGCUUUCAGGAUGAACAGGACACUUUGCAAAAGAGAAAAAGUCAAAUUAGUUUAAUCGGCUUAUCCAUAGUCAUUUGCUUGGUCGCUGUCCUGUUUGGUCUUCUCUUCACCUACCGUAAGACUGCACAUAACUACCUUGAAAGGAACAUACAGGAACUCAUUUAUCCUGGGAUGAAACUUUUAAGGAAAAUAAUGCUUCCGAUCGUCAAGACUUUUCCUUCAAUUACAGAGUGGUACGAUGAGGCUUGUUUAAUUUCAAAUCCAUACUUUAGAGUAUCAGACAUAGAUUGCUGGCCUUGCAAAGGGGUCAGGAGUGUGUUAAACUUGACACAGAGCAAUCUCAUGAGUAAGGAAUUCCACACUGGAAUCCCUUUUAUUAUAAAGGAUGAAACUCUCAAGCUUGUAAGGUUUAGAGACUUGAAAAACAUGUACAAUUCAAAAAAAGACAUGUUUGAUCGGGACGCGCCGAGGAUUGAAAGCACAGGGGGGUGGUCAACGAGUGAGGAUAUUUUCUACAACAAACCGUUAAACACCAAUCCAUCUCAAGCUAGAGACGUCCAUACAUCUUGGAAACUGAAUAGACUUGAGCCAACGAGAGAAGUGAGAAAAUUGUUCGGAUUUCCAAAAAAAUUGCCCAAUUAUGUUUCAGGGGUAACUCCAGAGAAAUAUAUACUGAUAGACGAAAAGCUUUCACCACCUUACCAGAUUCCUGGAACAGAAGGCACAACAGUGUUCUUAGUGCAAGGUAGCGGAACCCGCCUUGUUAUUUUAGAGCCUUCGGCCGAAUGUCAAUCUUCAUGUCAUCGAGUUUCAGUUCUUCUAACUCCCAACCAUAUAUUAUGGUACAACUGGUGGUACUGGAGAGCGACAAGUGCCCCGUCUGAAUCAGGACGAUUAAGUGUCACUUACCUUGGGUCUUAUUACUAAAAAGUUCCUAAUUUAUAUAAAGCAAAUAAUAAAUUGUGAACGCUCAUAAUAAAUCAUUUUCUAUUUGUUCA